CGGCAUGGCUGUGGUCGUUCGUUAUUUGUUCCGCGUCGGCUCGCGCGACGUUUCGUCCGGUUGUUCUGCAGUCUCGCAAUUAUUCCGCUAAUAUCUGAUAUCGGUUACACUUUAAUAUUUCGCAAUUAUUUUCGAUAGCGCCAUUGUACGUGAAUAUUACCGUAAUACACUACCAAACGGCUUAUAAUAUUAACAACGACAACAACAUUGUUGUUAACUAUUAGACGAGACUUACGGGUGCGAUUUUUGUGUGACGAUGUUUCGCAGUGGGUGGACAGCGUCAAUGCUGCUGGUGACAGCCGUUUUUCUGUCGUCUGACAGUCAGUUGUGGAAUCCUGUAACGGGGUCCAACACGUUCAUAGACGAAAACACCAAUUUAGCCGAAGACUUUUUUCCGGAUGAAGGAGAACCAGCACCAAAUAUUGAAGAAUACAGUAGCAUUUCCAAUUACGACGACUAUGAUACGGAGACAAAUUCUUCCACUACUUACGAAACUGACAAUACUGACGUACUUUUACCAAAAGGGAACAAAUCAAGCGUAAUGCAUUUCGUUCGACAACUAAAUAAUAUCACAAGAGACUCAGGCAAGUCGGUUAAGCUUAAUUGCGAAGUGACCGGUGAGCCACCUCCACUGAGAAUCCAAUGGUACAUGAACGAGGUGCCGGUCGGAGGAUCAGAAGGUAUUGGGGUUGGUGGUGGUGGUGGUGACGGCGAGAAUGGUGAGAAAAAAUCUAAGCCCCGGCUGACGGUGAAGCGGUUCCAGUCUAGACACAAGAACGGACUCGGUUCUCGGCUGCGGAUCAACAAGCUGGAGGUACACGACAAAGGAUUUUUCACAUGCGAGGCCACAAAUGGCAUCGAAAAAAUACAGUCCACCGCAAUACUCAUUGUCAAAGUCAACCGUUUUAGCCAUGAUGAAUCCAGUAUUGACAUGCCUCAUUUUGGGUUUUCAAACCAGUAUCCGGUAGUACUAGAAGGGGAAACCAAAAUCAACUCGCACGUUGGAAUUAAUGAACAGCAAAGUCCACUUGAUACUAUUCCAGAGCUAAGUCAAGUUUUAACUUACCCAAUAUGUCAAAUGUACCAAGGUUCACAUUGUUCAAAAUACCUACAAGGUCAAAAUGUUUAUAUACCUGCCAAUUCUUCACAGGCAAGCAUUGAAGGAAACCUAAGUUCAGCUUUUAAAGUGAUUACACGAUCUACUGAUAUGACAGCUGGUUGUGCAAAAUAUGCUCUCCCUUCUAUUUGUCAUACUGCAUAUCCAUUAUGUAGAAAAGAUAAGACUAUUCCUAAACCGUUGCUUGUGUGCCAAGAGGACUGUGAACUAUUAGAAAAUGAUAUUUGUAGUCAAGAGCAUGCAAUUGCCAAAAAACAUCAUUUACUUGGACGUGUUGUUAAUUUACCUAAUUGUUCUUCUUUACCAAAAACUGAUUGUUUUGAACUUGGUAUUGAGAAACCAGAAGUCAAUGAAGAUGAAAAAUGUUAUUGGGGACUAGGUGUUUCAUAUCGAGGUACAAUAUCAUCAUAUCAAAAUCUAUCAUGUGUACGUUGGAGUCAGCAGUUAAUUGUAAAAACAUCUGAUUAUAAAGAACUACAAGGAGGUCAUCGUUUCUGUCGGAAUCCAGGAUCUGAAGAAAAUGAACCUUGGUGUGUUGUUGAAAUGCCAGGCACAGGGCAAAUGAAAAAAGUGAUUUGUGAUGUUCCACAUUGCAUGAGAACUCUACAAUUACCGAUUUUUAUUGUAAGCACAAUCAGUAUUUCUUUAUUUAUUGUAUUGGUGGUAAUGGUAAUUUGCUGUAUUCGAAGAAAAAGUAAGCGGCAGAAUUCAGCAAUACGCCGUAGACUGCCACCUUAUACAAAUCAAAAACAAGACAUUGUAAAAGGUAAAACUAAUGGUCUAGAAUUAUCAUCACUAAUACCAGGCUCAAGUGCUUCAAGUCAAAAAUCAGAUAAAUACUGUAAAGUAAGACAAUAUGCUUUGGGUGAAAUCACAUUCUUACAAGAAAUUGGUGAAGGUGCUUUUGGUAAAGUUUUCAAAGGUCAAGUGCCUAAUGAUAUGGGGACCAUAAUUAUGGUAGCCAUCAAGACAUUGAAAGAAGGUGCAAGUGCCAAAACAGCAGCAGAUUUCAAACGUGAAACUGAUUUAAUGGGAGAAUUACGACAUCCAAACGUGGUUUGCUUAGUUGGCAUGUGUGCACGUCCAGCAUGUUUAUUGUUUGAAUACAUGGUCGGUGGUGACUUACAUGAAUUUCUAAUGGCGCGCUCUCCACAUUCACCAAAUUCCCCAAUAGCACCACCACUUAAUCAGGCAGACUUUAUGUAUAUUGCUACUCAGAUAGCUUCUGGUAUGGAAUAUUUAUGUAGCCAUCAUUAUGUGCACAGAGAUUUAGCUGCUAGAAAUUGUUUAGUAGCUGAAAAUCUUACAGUAAAAAUAUCAGAUUUUGGUCUUUCAAGGGAUAUUUACUCAUCUGAUUAUUACAGAGUACAAUCAAAAUCAUUGUUACCUGUGAGAUGGAUGCCACCUGAAUCUAUUCUAUACGGUAAAUUUACAACUGAAUCUGAUGUUUGGAGUUUUGGCGUUGUAUUAUGGGAAGUUUACAGCUAUGGUUUACAACCAUAUUAUGGAUAUAGCAAUCAAGAAGUAAUUGAAAUGAUUCGCUCGCGUCAACUCCUUCCAUGCCCCCAAGAAUGUCCAUCAAGAAUGUACUCACUAAUGAUGGAGUGUUGGCAUGAGGCACCUGUCCGGCGACCUAAUUUCACAGAAAUACACUCUCGACUCAGACAAUGGGCAGCCAUGUCUGUAUCAACAGCACCCACCAUGACAUACUCUAUGGUGCGCCCUGGAAGUCAAUCUGAUCGCACAGGUGUUGCUCGUGUUCAAUAUUAAAACAAUUAUUUGAUCAUAUUCUUCUAUCACAUCACAAGAAUUCAUAAUUAACCGUCUUCCACAUGUCAAGUUUUAUUCGUGCCAUACAUUUUACGUUUGUUCAAACUAAAUUUUCUUGUGCGUACUCCAUCUGCCGUGUUCAAAUUCAUUCAUGUAUGGAAAUAGGAAACGUUGUGCUUUUAAGUCACAAGUGAGAACACAGGUGUAUGAUUGAAUUCUUAAAAAUCAUAAUAUUGUUAUUCGGUUGUGUUAAUUUUGUUAGAGUUGUGACGUCGUCGAGAUAGUAGUCGUCUUGUACCUAUUAAUAACCUACUACUUUAAUUAUUAUUACUUAUCAUGUGUACAUAAUAUGUGUUUUUGUUGUACAUA